AGUGGGCGCACAGCUGAUCGGAACUUGCGGGGGUCACUGCUGGGCACCGAUCAUCAGGGCACUGAUCAUCAGUGCCCUGAUGAUCGGUGCCGAUCCCCGCUCUGACAACUGCCGCCCCAACAGUGUCCAUCAGUGCUGCCAGUCAGUGUCCAUCAAUGCCACCUGUCAGUGUCCUUCAGUGCCGCCAGUCAGUUCCCAUCAGUGCCGCCAGUCAGUUCCCAUCAGUGCUGCCAGCCAGUGCCGCCUAUCAGUG